AUGGCUCACAUUUCCGCAGGCAGCAAGCACAGGCACCCCUCCUCAAGCAGUAGGUGGUAUGGCCGGUCUAUACAAUCAGCUUGCAGGAAUGGAGAUCCGAAGUCAGCAGGCAGCGACGAGUCUCCAAAGCAACCAGCAGGCAGCGACGAGUCUCCAACGCAACCAGCAGGCAGCGACGAGUCUCCAAAGCAACCAGCAGGCAGCAACGAGUCUCCAAAGCAACCAGCAGGCAGCGACGAGACUCCAAAGCAACCAGCAGGCAGCGACGAGACUCCAAAGCAACCAGCAGGCAGCGACGAGUCUCCAACGCAACCAGCAGGCAGCGACGAGUCUCCAAAGCAACCAGCAGGCAGCGACGAGUCUCCAAAGCAACCAGCAGGCAGCGACGAGACUCCAAAGCAACCAGCAGGCAGCGAAGAGUCUCCAACGCAACCAGCAGGCAGCGACGAGUCUCCAAAGCAACCAGCAGGCAGCGACGAGUCUCCAAAGCAACCAGCAGGCAGCGACGAGUCUCCAACGCAACCAGCAGGCAGCGACGAGUCUCCAAAGCAACCAGCAGGCAGGAGGGGCAGUACAAAACCUGACGCAGGCAAUGAAAGGUCUCCUGCCGAAUCGCAAAAGGACAAAUCAAGUGGGCCUGAACCUAAAUGUAGCCGUCAGCGUCUGGGGCGCGGCAAUCGUGUGAGCGUAACUGCAAGUAUAUUCUCGAGUGGUCAGGAAGCUGGGUCUGGGCUUAGGGAUAUCAGUGGAAGCACAUGUAGUGAUGAAGAAAUGAACAAUAGGCAUACCAUAUAA